AUCUCUUCCACCUUUACAACUUCCCACCACCGCUUUUAUUUUAUUACAUGGAAUCGCUGCCUACCCACAAGCGAGUUCGACUCGACUCAGACAAGUCCGAGUCCAGCUCUGUCCAUCCGAAGAGAAUUCGAGACGAUCUUCUCGUCGUUCUCCCAGAUUCCGACGUUUUCACGGCUACUUCAGACCUUGAAUCCCUCAUGAAUAGCUUCGAAAACGAGAUAUCUGAACUUCCGCAAUCCGUGACCGUCGCUAACUGUGAAACCGUGUCUGGCGAGUCCCUACCGGAUCUCGGAUUUCUUUUCGAGGCUUCGGAUGACGAACUAGGACUGCCUCCGACUGACAUAACACCGGUUGAAACGGAGAAGAAUGGAGUUUCAGAUGAGUGGAUUGAAGUCCUUGGUGAAGUAUGGCGGUUAGAAGAUCAAAUGUUCAGCUAUGACUCGCUCGAGUAUGGAUUUGGUUACGCCUGCGAUGAUGCUUAUAUUAAUACAUACAACAACGUUGAAUACGUGGCACUAGAUGGACUGUUUGAUUAUACAGAUCUGGGUUUUGCAUCGUCGGAUUUGUCACUGCAGCCGGAAACCAUGCCGGCUCAGUGACCGGUUAGGUUUUAGGUUAUAUCGUUAGAAUAUUGUAAAGGGCUUUCAAUUUUUUUAAUUUCAAAAGAAAUACAAAUCAGCAAGUUGACCAAAGUAGGAGCCGUUUAGCGAUUGCUAAAU